CUCUAGACUACGACCAUCCUUUGGCAAUGAAGGUGUUCCCAUUGUCGUCCACUCUUUCCUGUAGCCUCUGCUCUCGCUCGCUCGCUCGCUGCAGCUCUCUGCAACCCUCUCCCUCCCUCGGAUAAUCCACGCACGUCCCAGUUCCAUUUUACGUCCCAGCCAACGCUUCGUCCCUACACCUUGCCUUCUGCUCCAAGAAUGGCUCCUCUUGAUAUUCCUGAGGGAGGCCUCACCCUUCUCCGGACUGAAGGCUCCGGGGAGCCCUCAGCUGACUCUCCCAGAAAUCCCGCUCAGAUCAUGCGUUUGAAUCUCGCCCAGAGCACUCUCGACGACCUUAUUGACAGCCUUCGCAAGGACCAGAAUGCUCGACUCCGCCUAGGGAAACACCCGUCCCUCCAUUUCGGCUCUCGCUCCCAGCCCUUCUACUCCUAUCCUGAGAAUACUCGCUCAGAGCUUUAUGUUUCCCCUCCCGACGCCAAGGAUAGCCUCUAUUUCUCUGGUGUCUUGAGCCAUAGCCUGGAGGUCCAGAGGGCUAGAGAAGCCACCGCAGGCACCGAUGAGGCCCUGCUUACCCUUGAGCAGAGGCUCAGCGCCUUCCGGCAGGGCAAGGAGUCGAAGAGGACUCCCAUGAUCACGACCGACCAGAUGAGGGCCCUGGGUGCCGGGGAUAACCGUACAGCGACCGGCAGAGAAGCGGCAAGCCUAGCUCGCAUGUCGACAAGCAAGGCAGAUAUGGAGAAAGAACGAUUCUUUACGAACACUGCUAGCCGAUCCUCUCCAGCUAGUCCCGCUUUUCUUGCGUCUCGGUCUCCCGCUAUUACUCCAACAUCCGUCCCGACGACACAGAACAAAGAUAAGAUUAGGUUGGAGGCUCUGCGUGUCCCCUUGCUUCAUCUACUCGCCGUACGGCCGGUGUCCGUUAAGUUCCUCGCCCAGAAAACACGUUCCUCUCAAGAAGAUUGCUUGACCCUUGUACGCAAAUAUGGCACGGAGAACCGACUAAACAGGGAAAAGUAUGACCUUAAAGAUAAAGCCUACAAGGAUUUGGACGUUUGGAAGUUUCCAUACCCGUCGGAAGAUGACCGUCAAGACGCGAUUGACAAUGCCAUCUCCGCAUUUGACAGAAUGAGGGUCUCUAAACAGGACAAAUUAUGGCAAACGCUUCUUCCAAAACACGAAAGAGGGAAAGGCAAAGUCCUCUCUCGGUUAAACCUCCAUACAGGCCCGCCACCUAAGAGCGUCACGCCGCGCAUCCAUAUCUCUCCAUCAGACGAGCCUUCCAAGGAGGGAUACGGUACCGGAAAUGAGUCCGAACCUUGUCCCAAUACAUCAAGCAGCACUCCAGUUAUCAGCAAGAAGGCAGACGCCUCUGGGCUGAAAAAGCGACCCGGUGCUAUAACUAAACGCGCGCCCGCCCCUAAACCAAAAAACUCGACCAUUACUGGCAAAGUGACGAAGAAGACUGAUAAAGCCACAGAGAAAAAAGCAGCUUCGAAACCAGAUGCUAAAUUCAAAUCGGCUGAGUUUGUGGUUGAUUCUGACGAAGAUGCCGAAAUGGCUGAUUCAAGUAUCACACAAUCGUCCAAAGCUGCCGACGCUCAAAGAAGCUCUCCCGAUUCUCAGCCAAGCGAGCGAUCCACAUCGAUAAAAUCACCAGCCCCGGCUAAAGAUAAGAAGCCGUCUCAGCCGAAGUCUCGUCCAUCAAAGACAGUUUCAUCUUCUAGCACUGCAUCACGUCCAGCGAAUAAUAGGUCUCCCCAGAAACCUUCCCCGUUAGGCUCCUCACCUCCCACAAAUGCAUCGGAUAUCGAGAAAACGGGAAAAUCUUCCAGUACAAAUCAGUCAUCCAGCUCAUCUUCUCCUCUCAUCCACCAUCUUCCAAGGCAAAGGGCUGGAUCCGCGACGAAGGUACCGGUGCUCGGGCAACCCAAACAUGCGCAGAAGGCCCCGGCGGUGUCCAAGCCACUAAAGCGAAAGGCCGAGGAUGAAGAAAACACGCCACGUACCGGCGCUCGCGGUCUUCCUGUGGGACUUGGCAUCACAUAUGCCGACACUCGAAUCUCUCAGCAUAAGAGGCGACGACCAUCCACUGUAUCCAGUGAAGAGAGUACUUCGGGCAAUUCAACGCCGCCCAUGAGCGUGACCAUAUUGCGUCAGAGAUUGAGGGAAAAAGCGCGACAGUUCAAGCAUGGCUAUGAAAAAUACCGCAAGUUGCAUGAGGAGUUAACUAAUCACGCAUCUCCUCCAGAGAGUCAAUUGAUCAAGCUACAGCAGCAGCACAUGCGAUUGCAAAAAAUGAAGCAGGAGAUUUGGGACGAGGAUCGUCAGCUGAGAUCGCGAUGAUAGGCCAUUUUGAGUUUGGCAUUUGCUUCGCAUUUUGGAACGUGACUGCUACUGAAGAUUGGUUUCUAUGCUAUUCUGGCCACGAAAUCUCAGAAAUUGUUUGUAGCACUUUUCAUAUGUUUAUCUACUGGGAAG